AGCCCAACAACCCCAACCCAAAAAAAAAAAAAGGGAGACCAACCUUUAUGCAUGGGUAUCAUCUUUUGCAUGAUGAGGCUAUGUAAAAUUAUAUAUUGGCUCAUCUUGCAUCCAGAUGGGGCCUCAUGAAUGGUAGAAUAGGCACUGUCUCUCAUUUCACCAUCUCUACUUUUGUUGAAAUAAUGAACCAGGAAAUAAUUUAAUUUCAUUUUCCUGUUUCCUUGGCAACUAUUUUGUUUGGUUGCUUUUUUUUUUUUUUUUUUUUUUUUUUGUGUUAAUAUAACCCCUUUUUUAAGCAAAAAAAGAGGCUAUAUAAAAUUAUUCCUUCACCUUUUAUUUUUAGUUUUUGUCCUUUUUAUUUUCUCAGAAAAAAAAAAAAAAGAAAAAAGGGGGGAAAAAAAAGUAGGUUCUGUCUUCUGCUGGUUUGAUUAGCCCAGCAGUGGCUAUUUAUGUUGAAAAUUGGUAUGCUUCAUAGAUUUAUUUUCAUUUGAUUAUUCCUUCACCAUGGCUUCCGCUUCCGAAGGGAUGGCUGUAGUGAUCAUGGGUGUCAGUGGUGCUGGAAAAACCACAAUAGGUGAGUUGCUAGCAAAAGAGACAAAUUGUAGGUUUAUUGACGCAGAUGAUUUCCAUCCCGUAUUAAACAAAGAAAAGAUGUGCAAUGGGAUCCCUCUUUCAGAUGAAGACCGGAUUCCUUGGCUUGAAAUGCUUCAGGAUGCCUUAAAAGAGAGCAUCGAAAACAAAAAAACUGUAAUUCUUGGAUGUUCAGCUCUGCAGAAACGGUACAGAGAAAUUCUAAGAUCUGGCGACCCUAAUUAUGAACUUGAAAGCUAUGCCAGUGUUGUGAAGUUUGUUCUCUUGGAUGCUGAUGUGGAGGUGCUUGCAGCUCGGCUAGAGAAGAGAGUUGCAGAAGGGAAACAUUUCAUGCCGGCCACACUUUUGCAAUCUCAGUUAGAUUUGCUUCAGAUCGAUGAUUGUGAAGGAAUACUGAAGGUUGAUGCUACUCUAAGUCCUCAAGUCAUAGUUAAGACUAUACAAGAUUUAAUUUUUAAAGUCAAAUAGAUAACCAUAUGUCUUUUACAAAGCUCUUAAAGAAUUUGUUUAGAACUGUGUUUGCUACCAUGAUAAUUGAAUGCCGGUUGAUUAUUGAAA